GCAGCUUUGAUUUCGACGGUGCAGCCACGUGGUUCCUUUUGUGUGCUUCAAACCCUUCUCCUCGAGCAGGAUCUUCUGCAGAUCACACAUCAACAAACGACUUCCUGAUUUCGUUAGCCGUGUCCUGCAGCUCACAGGCAGGGGUAGUAGUGGAGAACGGUGACGGCGACGGCGACACUUUUCCCAGCGUGAACCAUUUUCUCCGCUCCGGUGAUUUGACGAAAGGUCAUGUGUUGAGAGACACCCUGCUUCUCUGUAAAGCAAGCAAGAAGCUGAUCGUCUGGCAGUGGUUGUACAACCACACCAACGACGACGACGACGACGACGACGACGACGACGACGGUGCAAGACAGUAGCGGGGAGCAUCCACCCCGUGGUACAGCCGGCAGCCGCGGUGCCACCGUGCAACCGCCGAAAACGGCGCUCAGCGGCAGCAACAUCAUACUGCAACGGCGGCAUCGACGCGGGCCCUCGCCGUCAGCGCAAUCGGUCGAAAAUGUGAUAGACCCAUCCGCGGACGGACGCUCCGGAACCUCGAUCGGGCAGCAGAUCGCCAACUACUUUCUGCGCAUCCGGCGCAGCCGCUCGUCCCACGCCGUCACGCACACCGCCGAUCCGACCGGUAGCCGGAACCGGACGAACAGUAGCGGUACGGGCCAGCAGCAGCAGCAGCAGCAUCACCAUCAUCACCAUCACCACCACCGUCCAACGUCGUACGGUGGGCAGCUGACGAGUUCGGCAAGCUGCAGCUUUGGCAGUCAGCACGACGACGGUGACGAGGACGACGAGGACGCGCACGUGGAGGAGAAGCAGCGGCUGCACCAGACGGUAACCGUGGGCAACAGCACCCAGCCGACCGCCGGCAUGGCCGCCACCGAUGGGCAGAUCAUACUGGCCGCGUCCCGCUUUGCGCCGGACACACCGCCCGCCUACCUGCGCGACUUUGCCAAGUGCGAUCUGCCGGCCGUCGGCAAGAUCGUGAAGGGCCAGUACUACAGCCUGGGCGUGCCAACGCUGUCCAAUCCGUCGCUGCAGAGUACGGCCCUGUUUCUCAACGCCGGCCGCAAGUACCAGAUCCUCGCGCAGCCGAUCAAAAUCAAGGAGGGGCGCAAAAACACGCACGUCGGCCCGAAGGUGCUGAUACCGGAGACGUACCCGGGGUACUUCGAGCUGCUGAGCGAGGACGGCCGGUCGACGCGCUGCAUCGAGAGCGUGCUGGAGCUGUCCCGGCGGCGCAACUUCCGCGUGCUGGUGCGCGAAACGGUGCGCUGCAACCACAACAGCAAGUCGCUGCACGCGGGCGAAAUACUCACCACGAUCUCAGACAAUGGCAAGUACCUGCAGUGCCGCACGUCCAAGGACGAGGUCGUCAGCCUGCCAUUAGAAGCCAAAGCGAAGUUUUCCCCGAUCGCGAAGGAGGACAGCAUCAGCGGCGUGCACACGGUGCGCAAUCUGCUCCAGAAGCGCAUGCCGGUGACGGUGCGGCUGGUGCACGGGGCCGCCCCCAAGGGGCUGAAGCAACCGUUCGUGCCCGAGCUGCGGCUGCUCGGGUGCGUGGAGGUCGACCGGAUAUUCGCGCUGCCGCUGCAGAAGGACAUGGAUUUGGUGUCGGUGCCGCUGAACGCGAAGAUCAAGAUACAGCGGGCGAAGAACAUGGAGCAGCUGGACCACUUCAUCGAGUACUCGCGCUUCCUGGACAAGGCGCAGCGGCUGCUGGUGGAUGCGCGCGACCGGCUGCAGAUCAUCGACCUGAAGCUGACGGACAAGGAGAAGAAGGACUCGGCGAAGGCGGUCGCGGCCGCCCACAAAACGAUGGCCUCCACCCUGUCCGGGCUGACCGCGAACGGGUACGUGCUGAAGAAGAGCAGCAGCUGUGAUUCGAACCGUUACUCGCCCGAGAUUGCGAGCGGAAGUGGUGGUGGUGGUGGUGGUGGAGGUGGUGGCAGCCAGAACGGUUCGAUCGCGGACGAGUACGAUGAGAUCGACCAGAUCUACGACUACGUGCGCGGGUUGGCCCCGCUGCCCAAGAAUCUGUACAAGUUUGAGGCGAUCGAGCCACCGCCACCGGGUGGAUCGUCUCCGCCGACCGGUGCCACGACGCCACUCUCGAACGUGCUGCUCGGACCGGCGACGCACCAGCACAGCCUCAAGACGGUGGAAAACAUGAAGACGGCCCAAUCGAACGCCCUGAACAACAACAACAACAAUCACUACGACACAAGCAACAACAAUUAUUGCAACAUUAUCAAGUACUCCAACCACACCCAGCAACAGCCGUCACAGCAGCAGCAGCAACCGCAGGCGCAUCAUCACCAUCAUCAUGGCCAUCACCAUCACAGCCAUCAUCAGCACACGGCUUCCAACAGUCUCGAGUCAUCGUCCAAGCACGCCCUCAACGCCAUCAACAAUAACCAUCACAGUGGGCACAGUGCGACUACCACCGGGCCGAUCGAUCACAAACCGAUCCCGCCUCCGAUCGAGACGAUACCGGGCAAGAAGCUGCCGGAGAAGCGGCAACGACCAACGCUGCCGAAGCUAUACUUCAAGAGCAGCAUUGGGAUGCAUCAGAAGAGUCCUACACCUGGCACGACCGCGAUCAGUCCACUAAGCGGUGGUGGUGGUGCUAAUGGAGGCAUAGUGCAUCAUCCACCGAUCGCCAUCACGCCCAAGGAGAUCGCGGUGGAGCCGCAGAGUCCUCUGUUUCACAUCCGAUACAAAAGCCUGAGCAGCCUGCAGCUGGCCGCGACCACACCGCAGCAAGACACCCAUCCAGUCACACCGAUCUCACCCUCGCCGAAGGGCCAGUCGUCCGGCCAGGACAAGAACCAUCUGCUCUCCAAGUCGGCCAGUGCGGCGGGGGCCGGCCCGGGCGCCCGCGAAGGUACGCUCGACUCGUCGCGCAGCGGUGGCCGCACGUCGGGCGAUUCGGGCAAGCUGCCGGAGAAGAAGUCCCGCCGCCUCAGCCGGCCGCGCAGCCUCUCGAACCUGGUGUGGGAUCUGCGGCCCCACAAAUCGUCGACCGAAAAGUCCAAGAAGAAGCUGUACCUGCACCAGUUCGACCGGCAGCAGGGUACGCUCUACCUGUAACGUGUGGAUUUUUUUUUCUUUCUGUUGUUGUCCAGAUUUCCUUCCAGAGUAUAGUGCGGUUUAGUCAAAGCGAUUGAUGAGUAGAGCGCUGGGAUAUGUUGAGAAGGUGAAAUAGGUGGUGUAUGUUGUGUGCGAAGAAGAUAGGGCAUUUUGAAGAGAGAGAUAUAGAGAGAGAGAGAGAGAGAGAUAGAGAGAGAGAGAGAGAGAGAGAGAGAGAGAGGAAAUCCUCCGGAAACAACACAACAGUUUGUGCGCCCAGCUUUUAAAGUCUUCUCCUUCCAAACUCUUCUCCUCCUUCAUGAACCUUCUCUUUGGUCCUCUCACAACUCAACUCACUGUGUCUUUCUCACUUGUCCAAUGUGAUCCAUGUUGUAUGUGUGUGUGUGUCUAUGUAUUGUGUAAUAGUAGAAUGGAUUAUAAACAGCAGUUAGUAGUCUAGCUUCCUCUUCCCCCCAAUGUAGAGGUAGACAGUAGCCGUAGUAGUGGCAAUGAUAGUAGUAGCGGCAGCAGCAGCAGCAGCAGAACGUGUCAAUCCACAGAUGAUUUGCUCGAUGUUUAGACACAACACCUACAAGAAAGCAGAACGGAUAGUAGGAAGAGGAUAGUAGAGAUCGGCAAACGGUACCCGUCAAAUGGCCAGCAUCUGCAGUAAACGGCACGCUUGUUAUUAUUGUUGUUGUUCGGGUUCGCUCCACAGGGAGCUGCAAGUAACAAGAUUCCAAUUGGAAAAGAGCUUCACACAGGGAGGAUCGUGUGAUUAGUACCGAAUGGACGAAAGGCUGGAAUUUAGUGUAUUAGUAGUAGUUUUUUUUCUCUCUAUCUAUCUUUAUCUCUCUCUCUCUCUCUUUGGUGUUUAUUUUUGUUCCCUCCCAAAUGUUCUUCUUUCAAACAUUCGUUUUCAACUCCUCAGUUUAGUUUGCUAUUUAAUUUUAUUUGCCAUCGUCGUCGCUAAAGGCUGUGUGGUGUUUUGAGAAACGUUUCAGUUUACAAGUUUAGUGCAUAGAAGUUUAACGUGUAACGCCGCUCGAUUGGGGCUCGAUUUGGUCGAGCUUUUCCCGCUCCUCUUCGUUUGAAUUAGGCUUUCAAUUAAGUGAUUCGGUUAGAAGGCGCACCAUAAAGCGCAUACAGUAGUAGGAGUAGUAGAAGUAGUAGUAGUACAUUUGUACACACUCUGCCCCGGUGCACACGACCGCGAGACUAUGGCUUUCCCGCGCGCUUUCCAGUGUGCAAAGGAAGGAAGAGACCGGGGGCAGGAAGACUCGAACGGACGAACGAACGAACGAACGAAUGAAGUAUUUGGUGUGUGUGCGUUGUUUUAAUUCAGUUUAAUUAACGAAAUCCCUCUUAAUAGACGCCCUGUUUCGGGGGUAGGCAACAACCCGCGCACACAGGUGCAAGUGCAUUUCCGUGUUUGAAAAAUCCAAGUUCGCUUGCUAAUCGACUUGCAACAGGUGUACGGGGUGUGUAAGUGCAUCUCGGCCACCUGUCUGCAAAACGGCAGCAGAUGAAAUUUUUAUUUUUCAACACAUAAUUUCUAAAGAAAAAAGAAACUACCCACACACUUAAACACAUUAAAAGAGAACCAAAACCGCCACGAACCACACAAUGUGCGACAAUCUGGAUACAACAGUGCGUGUGUUAGGAAUGUGUGAUUGUGCUUUUUGUUUUUGGAUUAGUGUCUUCUUGUUUGUUGUGCAUAAGAUUUAGUGCUCUCCCUUUUCAUUUCGUCUGCC